CUUUUUGAACGCAUCAGUUUCUUAAAUGGCCGCCCACGAUUGAAAGGAUUUUUCACUUGUAGUUUCAGUGAAGGUGCUUAUUUUCUUUUCAUACAAAAAUAAAAAUACAAGAAAAACAAAAAUAAAAAUUCUGUGGUUAGUUUAAUCCAAUAAUUGUGAUCAAACAACGAUAAAAUACAAAAACUUCACAAUUCAAUCGAUAAAUUAUUAAAAAAUUUGUGAUUCUAGUGAAAUGUGCAUCAAAUCAAAUGAAUUUUAAAAAAUAAUAAAAAAAGAAAAAACGCCACAGAAAAAGAUUUUGCAGCAGAAACAGAGAGAGAGAGAAAGAGAGAAAAAAAAAAUCAAAGUGUGUUUUGGAGUGUUCUUCAGACAAAAAGAAUAUAUAAGAGAAAACAAUAAAAAUGAGUUUGUGGGCAAGGAUAUGUAGUGCGCAGGAACCAGAGGCGUACAUAAUGAAAGCUCACUACGAUUUAAAGGGCAUGUAUGAAAUUCGUGUCCUUUUUGCAGCAUUUAUUGAAGAGCGAUUGAGCAAAGAUGAAAAGAUUCCCAGCGAACAUACAGCCCAUCAAUUUUAUAAGGAUCUUAAAAGUCACAUUAUAGAUUCAGCUCGAACUGUUCCAGUUGAUUUUCAGUAUGGGGAAAUUUUAAGUAAAAUGGCCCACAUUCAACCAAUAGAUUUCUAUUCACAUCUCCGCGAAGGUAUAGCCAAAGAAAUGGAAUUCAUAAGAAAUGCAGCAUCAAUGCCCAGCCAUAGUUUUGCCCCAAUGGGUGGUGGUAUGGACCAACUUGAAGAGCUUUACAAUCGCAUUCAAGAACUCGUCAAGAACAUCGAUAUGCUAAAGCCGAAUAUACAAAAGACCUGCAGUGAAUUUGAUCAAAUCUUAACAUUCUGCAGUUCAAUGAAUCCCCAGCCACCAGAAAUGAAAACCACAUUGGAACAACGUUACGCCGCAAUAUAUUACCAGAGAAAUGGUGUUGUAAUGCAAUUGAAAGAAAUCGUUGCUGAAUAUGAAAUUCUGCACAAAUCUGUUAUCGAUGUGGAAUUGAAGAAUUGGCAGAGACAACAGGCAUUGGCCGGGAAUGGUGCACCUCUGAAAGAUAACCUAAAUCAAAUACAAAGUUGUAUUGAACUGUUGCUGGAGAUUAUUUGCAAAUUGGCUCAAUUGGUGGAUAUAACACGGAAAAGCACAAAUGUCGAUGGUGGACUUGAUGAAUUGCACCAGCGCAUCAGGAUGCAACAAGAAUAUUUGAUAUUAUCUGCAUUCAUUGUUGAGAAACAACCGCCACAAGUGAUGAAAACUAACACAAGGUUUGCAGCGGCUGUAAGGUGGUUGGUGGGUCCGCAACUGGGAAUCAAUAUGAAUAGUCCAAAUAUUGAAUGCAUAAUUCUAUCAGAAACACAAGCACAGCGUCAUUGUAGCCAAAGGCAAAUGAGCGAUGCCACACCCCACUCAUCCGGAGAAAUCCUUAAUAAUAUAGGAACUAUGGAGUACCAACAACAGUCACGAGUGUUUUCUGCAAGUUUUAGAAAUAUGCAAUUGAAAAAAAUUAAACGAGCUGAGAAAAAAGGAACUGAGAGUGUAAUGGAUGAAAAAUUCGCCCUGCUUUUUUAUACUUCUGUCAUAGUUAAUGACUAUCGUAUUCGAGUAUGGACUUUGUCUCUUCCCGUUGUUGUGAUUGUUCACGGUAAUCAAGAACCACAGUCAUGGGCCACUAUCACAUGGGAUAAUGCGUUUUCGGAAAUUGUGCGAGAACCAUUCCAAGUUCCCGACAGAGUUUCAUGGGCUAGGCUAGCAGAUGCGCUAUAUACAAAAUAUGUAUCUGCAACUGGACGGGGACCAACAGAGGAAAAUAAAAAUUUUCUUUAUGAAAAAUUGUUCCGAAAUGAAUACAUGAUGGACCAAAAAGAUAAUAUCUCCUGGACACAAUUUUGUAAGGAACCCUUGCCAGAUCGUACAUUUACGUUUUGGGAUUGGUUCUUCUCAACCAUGAAGCUUACUAAGGAUCAAUUGGUCGGUCCAUGGAAGGCUGAUUUGAUUGUAGGUUUUAUAAACAAAAGAACCACCGAAGACAUUCUUAGGAGAUGUACUCCUGGAACUUUCCUUUUAAGAUUUUCAGACAGUGAAUUGGGUGGAAUUACAGUAGCAUUUGUUAGGGAAGAUGGCAAUGUUUAUAUGCUCGCUCCUUGGACGGCUAAGGAUCUUAAUGUUCGCGGCUUAGCGGAUCGUAUACAAGACUUGGAAAUGCUAAAAUAUGUUUAUCCCAGUAAUAAGAACAAAGAUGAAGCAUUUGGUGAAUUUUACUCCCGCACAGAAGAACAAGGAACUAGAGAUGGUUACGUUCGAAAUGUUAUUGUAACAACUGUACCCGAAAUGAGACAACCCGCCGCAAAUACAACGCCCAAUCAUGCACACUCGCCAAAUCCACAUGACAUACACAUGGUGACAGACUUCCAGAAUAGCACCAUAAUGCAUCUAGAUAACAUGUUAUAUCAACCAGUAAAUAAUAUGGAUGAUAUAUUAAGCCAACUCGCUCAAAACAAUUAUCCUGAUGGGUUGUAAAUAAAAUAAUACAUUCUUAAAGAAAGUGGUAAAACAAAAAGAAAUCGAUACUGAAACGUCCAAAAAUUGAAUUUUAAGUUUAAACAAAAAGAGAUAUGAUACACAAUUUUACAACGACGUAUAGUAUUUACACAAAAAUCAUUAUAAUAUACACCUAUAGAUUUGCAUAUAUUAAACAAAAAAUGAUAUACAUAUGCUAUUUUUUAAACGAGUCAAUUGUUAAAUUAUAUUCGAGAGACAAUGAAACAAAAAAUAAAAAAAUAAUAAUAAUUCUUAAUUAUAUAAUAAAACAAAAAUUAUUAAGCGACAUUAAACGAAGAAAGAAGUAAAAGAGAAGAAGAGGAAGAAGAGAGGGAGGAAGGAAAAGAUGAAAAGCGAAAGCUUUUGUUUCUUUUUUUAAAGUUGAACAUAGUUUCAGUGGUGAUAUAUAAAAUUUGUGAGAGAUUAAUUAUUAAAAAAUAACAAAAUAAAACAAAAAUAAAAAAGUAAAACACGACCAGGAUGAAGAAGAAACCAGCUGACAACAGUUCUUAUGUUGAUGGAAUCUGAUUUACAUAAAUAACAAAAAAAAAACAGCCAUCAAUUUCUUAGGAACUAUUUGCUUGCUGCACGAAUGGCAAUACGACUAUUUUUAUUUUUGGUUGGCCUUGAUGUUUCGAUAAAUAUUUAAAUAUUAUUUUAUUUUGUACUUUCUCUUUUUUUCAUAUAUAAAAUAUAUAUAUAUUGCAUGUAAGUUAAUUAAAGUUAUUAAUGUUGUCGAAAGAAAAAAAAUUAAAAGCAACAAAUUUUAAACUGUUUAUGUUUUAGACUUAUUUUUAUUACUUGUCAUAUAUUAAAUGUAUAGUUUAAACAAAUCAAAAAAUCUACACGUUUUUACAUAUUUUACACAAAACAAAAAUUGUACUGUGUUUUUUGUUUCUUUUUAAAUUAAUUAAUUAUUAUUAAGAAUGUUUUAUUUUUGGAACAUACCCAAAACUGAUUUUUAUUAUUAUGAAAAGCAUAUUAUUUGUAAGUAGUAUGUCUUGAUAAAUGUUACUGCAAUAAUUAUAAAAAUAAAUAAGAAAUUUUAUUUAAUCAGGCUUCCAUUCUGUUUAACAUAACAAACAAUAAAAACUUACUUAUUAUUUUAAAUCAAAAUCAAAGAAAAAAGAAUUAAAUUAAUUAAGUAUUUGAUUUUCAUAUUUAAUAAUUUUUUACACCAUAAAGCUGCAAUUUUUCUUUUAAAAUCUUAAAAGAGAGUUAAAUUUAAAUGAAGUAAAAAUAAAAUAAAAAAACGUUUAAUUAUUUUUUAGUAGUAUUAUUUUUAAUUGCAAUUUGUAUUGAAAUACAUAAAGAUAAAAUUUAUUAGUAUUUUUUUUUUAAAUAAUUUUCGUUAUUUUUAUUUUAUUAUUUUGUAAUAUUAAAUAAAAAAAAUUAAGUAUGUAUUACAGAAAAAUAAACGAAAAACAGGAAUGUUUAGUUAAGAGCCGGUUCACACCAUAGAAUAAAAAUAAAGAAAUAAAAGGAAAAUAUAUUAAAAGAAAACAACUUUGUGUUUCUUAAAAAUAAAAAUAAAACAAAACAAAUAUUUAACGAACAAUGUAUGUCAAUGUUACAACUAAUAAAUAUUACAUAAACAAUUCUUGUCAAUAUGGCCAAUAAACGAAAAAUAAAAGUAAAUCAUCAA